AAAGGAUUGGAUUGUUGUUUUUUGAUCACUCAUGAUGGAAAAUGAAAUAAACGAAACUGAACCUUUAUUGAUCAAUUAUGAUCGCCGAACUGAUGAAAUAAAUAUCGAAGAUAAUCAUCAGCUAAUCGAAUCCGAACAACAACAAUCAUCAUCAGGUCAAUCAUUAGGAUUUUGGUCAGUAAUAUUUUUAACUGUCAAUGCUACAUUGGGUGCCGGUCUAUUGAACAUACCAUAUUCAUUCGAUAAUUCUGGUGGUAUUGUAUUUGCUUUAAUUUUACAAUCGAUUCAUGUUUUAUUGGUCAUUUGUUCAUUAAUGAUCAUUAGUUUUGGUACAAAAAUUUCCAAAGUUAAUUCAUUACAAAAUUUAAUUGGAUAUUAUUGUGGUUCAUCAUGGUCAAAUUUAUGUGCAUGUUCAAUUUUCAUCUAUUCAUAUGGUGCAUGUAUUACGUAUCUGAUUGUCAUCGGUGAUCAAUUUGAUAAAAUAUUAGAAUUUUAUUAUGGUGUCGACUAUUAUAAAUAUUGGUAUCUACAUCGAGAUUUUCUUGUCAUGACCAUUGCCAUCGUAGCCAUUCUACCACUUUGUAUAUCGAAAGAUAUUUCAUUUCUUAGAUUUGCCAGUUUUAUUGGUUUUUUAUCUACAUUUUACAUAACAUUACUUGUUAUGAUUGAAUAUAUUAAAUUACCAUCAAUCAAUGCGAAAAUUCGAACCGAACCGAAUCGUUGGACCGAUAUUUUUAAAGUAUUACCCGUAUUGACAUUUUCAUUUCAAUGUCAAACAAGCUGGGUGCCUACUUUUGCUGAAACAAAAAAUUCUAGUAAUCUUCGAAUAUUUUUGAUGAUUUUCUUUUCCAUGUUCAUAUGUUUUCUAAGUUAUUCAUGGACAGCCCUGUUCGGACUGUUAACAUUUGGUUCAUCCAAUAUACAAAAAGAUAUGAUGCAAAAUUAUGAUCCACGUGAUCCAUUCGUAGCCAUUGGGAUGGUUCUUUUAAUCAUAAAAACUAUUGUUGUUUAUCCAGUUUUAUUAUAUUGUGGUCGAAUUGUAAUCGAACAAUUAUUUCCAUUUUCCGAUAAUACUCAACAAUCAAAACGAAGAAAUUCAAUACGUAUAACAUGUGCCAUAAUAUGGGUAGUAACAUCAGCAACAUUGGCUAUUUAUGUGCCAAAUAUUGGUGUUGCCAUCAAUUAUCUAGGUUCUUUGGCCAAUCUAUUUGUAUUCAUAUUACCCGGACUUUGUUUAUACAUGAUACUAUUCGAUGAACGACAAUUUCAAAUGAUCAAACAUGAAUAUGGAUUUUUAGCCAACAAAUCUUUGAUACUAGUCAUUUCUACUUUAUUCAUAUCAUAUGGAAUCGGAGUUUUUGCUUAUUCAAUUUGUCUUUCAAUUUUAGAAAUCGUUCAAGAACAAAUGGUUCUUGAACAACACACAUUUUAUUAACAUAAUAUGAUUUUUUUAAUUAUUAUUAUUA